UGCAUCCGGCCACAGAAGUCUUAUCUCUGGUGGGCGCGAGACUCCAGCACCUUUCAGACGGGCUCGAAGCCGACAACAUAAAACCCUCACCCGCCCCGAGCUUGCAAUCGCUCUGCUCCGGUCAACCUACACAAUCCCGUCAGAUCUUUUGAUCGUUGCAUCAAUUCACCGUUUUCUGCACCUAGAUCUCGCCCGAGUUCGUCCUUCUUUCUCCCCUCCUCCUCCACAACCAAACCACAAACAUGGCCACCGGCGCCCCCGUCAUCUCGAGGACUGAGACCCUCGCCAAGUAUCUCGCCCUUGAUCAGAAGGGCCAGAUCAUGGCUGAGUACGUCUGGAUCGACGCCGACGGUGAGACUCGAUCCAAGUCCCGAACUCUCCCCGAGAAGGAGUACAAGCCCGAGGACCUCCCCGUCUGGAACUUUGAUGGUUCUUCCACCAACCAGGCCCCCGGCGACAACUCCGACGUCUACCUCCGCCCUUGCGCCGUCUUCCCCGAUCCCUUCCGUGGCUCCCCCAACAUCAUCGUUCUCGCCGAGUGCUGGAACGCCGAUGGUACUCCCAACAAGUACAACUACCGACAUGACUGCGUGAAGGUCAUGGACACCUUCGCCGACCAGGAGCCUUGGUUCGGUCUCGAGCAGGAGUACACCCUCCUCGGUGGUGACGGCCGCCCCUAUGGCUGGCCCGUUGGCGGUUUCCCUGCUCCCCAGGGCGAGUACUACUGCGGUGUUGGAACCGGCAAGGUUGUCCAGCGUGACAUCGUCGAGUCCCACUACAAGGCUUGCUUGUACGCCGGAAUCAAGAUCUCUGGCACCAACGCCGAGGUCAUGCCCGCCCAGUGGGAGUACCAGGUUGGCCCUUGCCUGGGCAUUGAGAUGGGUGACCACCUCUGGAUCGCCCGAUUCUUCCUCGCCCGCAUUGCUGAGGACUUCGGUGCCAAGGUCUCAGUUCACCCCAAGCCGGUUGCCGGAGAUUGGAAUGGUGCCGGUCUGCACUCUAACUUCUCCACCAAGGCCAUGCGUGAGGAGGGUGGCAUGAAGCACAUUGAGGAGGCCCUCAAGAAGCUCGCCCCCCACCACGCCGAGUGCAUUGCCGAGUACGGCGAGGACAACGAGCUCCGUCUCACUGGCCGACACGAGACUGGCUCUAUCGAUCAGUUCACCUGGGGUGUUGCCAACCGUGGCAGCAGCAUCCGAAUCCCCCGGGAGUGCGCCGCCAAGGGCUACGGAUACUUCGAGGAUCGACGACCCGCCUCCAACGCCGACCCAUACCGUGUCACCAAGGUUCUCCUUCAGUUCUCUUUGUCUUAAGCGUUUUGUAAAAGAUUUAGUCAAUCCUAAGGGGUUCGUUCACAUGGUUUCCGGCGUGAGGGUAUGGGAUAGUCUAUUUCAUAGAUAGCAUGACACUGGUCCAACGAGACCCAGUAAUUUAACACGAUCACUGACUUAUGACGAA